AUGGCUCACCGUUCUUCCCGCCGCCGAAACACAGCACCGCCGGAGUCAGCUCCACCUUCUUCUACUCCGGCUGUUCCGGCAAAGCAACCUAGACCUACCAUCUUCUCACCUUCUCCUUCUCAUUACACUAAGCCAAACUCAGAUUUGAUCCAAGCUACUAAGUCUUCUUUUCUUGUUAAACCCUUUCAAAGCCUUAACUUAGGUAGCAAAAAAACCAAACAUUCUCAAACCAAACAUGUUGACUCACGUUUGCAGACAAAAUCCAUGACAACCUCGGCUAUUUUCGAAUCCUCAAAACCCAACAAAACCCACAACACACAAAGCAUAGUACUGACACCAAAGCUUGAAAAAGAGAGUAUUUUUUUGACUUCAAAGAAAACCCAUAAAGAGAAACCGAAACCUCAAAAACCGGGUUCGGAAUUGGAGAGGUGGAAGCUUCAGGGGUUGUUAAAGAACGAGAAGAAGGAAGCUUGUAAAGGGUGUGUUGUUGAAGAUGUUAAAGAUGAAAAGUCAAGGAAAGUAGCUGUUGUGGAAGAAGGGGAUGUUGUUAAGGAGAGAGUUUCUGUUUCUAUGGGUCAAAGUGGCGGUGGUGGUAGAAGAAAAUCGUUAUGUGGGUCAAUGGUUGAUUUAGGCGAUUUCUUUGCAAUCAAUGGAGCGAAAAUGGUGUCAGCUGAUAUGCCACCGUUUAUGCAGAUCCAUGCUGUUGAUUGUGCUAGAAAAGCUUUUGACAGUAUGGAGAAAUUCACUUCAAAAACCCUUGCAUCUUCUCUGAAAAAGGAAUUUGAUGGGGUGUAUGGGCCAGCAUGGCACUGUAUUGUGGGGACUAGUUUUGGUUCAUUUGUGACCCAUUCUGUUGGAGGGUUUCUAUAUUUCUCAAUGGAUCAGAAACUGUACAUCCUUUUGUUUAAGACUGCUGUACAAAAGGCAGACUGA